UCAGCCACUAUUUCGGGCCAUAAAUGUGAAAGUGUGUUUCGUGGGGCCAGGGAAGAGCGACGAGGUGCAGGAACAAAAUUACCCACAGGAAGCAGGAAAAAACAUGUUUUUCUCAAUAUUUUUUUUCUAAACUUGCAUGUAUAUAUCAUUCACUGCUUGAAAUUUCAUGUCAACUACAUAUUUACAAAUAAUUUUACCACAAAAUAUUUUAAAGAUAACUUUUACCUGAACAGUUUAUUGAUUGAUCUCAACCAUGACUUUGCUCUUCUAGGUUAAUGAUUAUACUGUAACUGACAGUAUAUGAUUGUGGGACACUGAGUGAUCACACACUCUAUCGCUGGCAAUUAUGAGAUUCAUAGUCGGUUUUCUUUUCUUACUCACUGUGUUCGGCCCUACAAAGUGUGGGAAUAUUUUAGUUUGGUUUACUGAGGGCAGUCACUGGAUCAAUCUGAAGAUUGUGUUGGAAACAUUGAUUGACAGAGGACAUGAUAUCACAGUGCUGGUGCCAAAUGCCUCUCUCUUCAUGCAUGCCAAUGAAUCAGACCGCUUCACCUACCAGCCCUUCAGUGUGUCCAUGUCUGCGCAGGACAUGCAAGACUCCUUUGAGGAUUUUUUACAUUUCUCAAUGUAUGAGAUGGAUCAGUUAAACUUGCUGCAAAUUCAUAUCAGAUUCUACCAGCUUGUCUCCAGAGAUCAAGAUUUGUGUCUUGCAUACUGUGAUGGUGCUCUGAAAUCUCCAGAGUUGAUGGACAAAUUGCAGCAUGGGAAGUUUGACGUCAUGCUGGCCGAUCCAAUCUUUCCAUGCAGUGAGGCAUUAGCUGAAAAGCUGGACAUUCCCUUAGUGUACUCAUUACGAUUUUCCAUUGCUCACACUGUAGAGCGGAUGUGUGGUCAGAUACCAGCGCCACCAUCAUAUGUUCCUGGAGCCAUGAGUAAACUCACUGACGAGAUGAGCUUCACAGAGCGAAUCAUCAAUAUGCUGUUCUACCUUUCACAAGAUACUUUGGCCAUUAGUCUGUGGAAAAAAAUUGACAACUAUUACACUGAAUAUUUUGGAUGGCCCACUUCCUAUUGUGAGAUGAUGGGUAAAGCUGAUAUCUGGUUAAUCAGAACCUACUGGGAUUUUGAGUUUCCACGGCCAUUCCUGCCCAACUUCAAAUUCAUUGGAGGGCUUCACUGCACCCCUGCCAAGCCAUUACCCAAGGAUCUAGAGGAGUUUGUGCAGAGCUCAGGGGAUGAUGGGAUUGUGGUCUUCACUCUGGGGUCCAUGGUAAACAACAUAACCAAAGAGAGGAGCAAUACGAUCGCCUCUGCACUGGCACAGAUCCCACAGAAGGUCUUGUGGCGAUAUGCCGGAGACAAGCCAGAUACUCUUGGUGAAAACACCAGAAUAUACGAAUGGAUCCCUCAGAAUGAUUUAUUGGGCCACCCCAAAACCAAAGCAUUUAUCACUCAUGGGGGCACUAAUGGGAUAUAUGAGGCCAUAUAUCAUGGUGUGCCGAUGGUCGGGAUCCCCUUGUUCGGUGACCAGCCAGAUAAUUUGGCUCAUAUGAAGGCCAAGGGUGCUGCUGUUGUCAUGGACUUCAGCAGUAUGCAGAUUCAAGACCUGGUGGAUGGACUUAGUGCCGUCAUUAACAACCCCUCGUAUAAAGAGAACACUAUGCAUUUGUCCAGGAUUCAUCAUGACAGACCAAUGACACCUUUGGAUGAGUCUGUGUUCUGGAUCGAGUUCGUCAUGCGCAAUAAAGGUGCUAAACACCUGCGUGUAGAAGCGCACAACCUUACCUGGUACCAGUACCACUGUCUGGAUGUGUUCGCUUUUCUGUUCACUAUCCUGACUGUAGUCCUCUACGUCUUUUUUAAGUUGUGCAAAUUCUUCAUAAUGCGUUGCUGUUUUAGAUCAAAGCGGAAAAGCAAAAGAAAAAACGAGUGAUUGAUUUUGACUGAUAAAUAAAUACAGCUCAUAUACAGUAUAUAUGCAUCUUGGGCACGCUAGAUUUCUCACAACUGCUGAUUAUUUAUAUUUUUUGCUUUGGUGUGCCAGUAAGAAAUAUCUGUUUAUGUUUCCAGUUAAUUGUAAUAAUCCUGAUACUAUUUCAAUGAAGAAAAAGUAAAAUACUGGACCAUAUUGCCUUAAAGUGUGUACCUUUUAUCAAAGCAGUUUAGCAUUUCUCAGUCUUACACAUCAAGCAAGCAUGAUUAAGCUUCCGUUUACCACAUCUGAUAUGUGAGUUGAUGAAUGUUUAUGUGAAUAAAAGACUAAGUUAAAUCUG